AUGGAAUAUUGGGAGGAAGAUGUGUUUACAGGAAUAGCCAAUGCCUUUGGGGAGCUUAUUGGAUUUGAUCCAGUCACGACAUCUAGAAGAAGACUUAUUUAUGCCAGAAUAUGCGUAGGAGUUGGGCCCGAAAUGGAUAUGCCAGAGGAAAUAGAGAUAGAAUCAAAGCUUGGCAAAUGGAAGCAGAAUAUUGUUUACGAAACAAUCCCUUUUGGAUGCUUUCACUGUAAGAAAGUAGGACACUGGGAUAAAAAAUGCCCAGGUAAUGUGGUCAAAUCUCAAUCCCAAACUAAAGUAUGGAAAAAGGUGGACAACUCUUUGAAAGCUUCACAUUCUAAUGGUCUGGAUCAGGAAAAACAAUCUCAGGUUGGAAGGACAGAGGAAGUGUUAGUCAAAGAGUUGGGAAAUGAAACGAAGAAAGGAGAUAAUGAAAAUGCUGCCCAUCAGGAAAAGGAGCAGAAUGGAAAGGAUUCGGAUGAUGGAGAAAGAGAGUCACAAGUCAUUAGCCAAAAAGAGGAAAAGGAAAAGGAUAAGAUAGAUCAAAAUUCAGACAAUAGUGAGAAGAGAAAUAAUGGUCAAAAGAAAAAGGGAGAUAAUCAAUCCAAAGACAAUAAAAAGGAAGGAGACAAUUUUAAUUUAGUAUCUAAUUCAUUUGAGUCAGAUAAGGGAGUAGACUAG